UGCCAUCCGGAUGAUAUUGGCCACGCCGGGGAGAAACGCAUUUGGCAUUUGGUGCCAGAGUGUGUUUGUGUGUUUAUGAAGAAUAAGGAACAAAACCCUAUUUUGCGGCAGGAUCAUGACUUCUGUCAUUUAUGCCUGAGGAACUUGAUCCAAGCAGCAGAAAAAUCUGUGAGAAAAAAAUGAAUUCUUCACUUGAUUAUAGCAAAGUUCCAGAGGCAGAAAUGAAAAUUGCAUUUUGUGGCAACGACAACAUUUCUGCUUAUAACAUGAGCGAUGGAUUCGUGAGGAAUGUCUGUUUUCUGGAUGCCCUCAAUCUGGUGCCUCACGUCUUCCUCUUAUUCAUCACCUUUCCUAUAUUGUUUAUUGGAUGGGGAAGCCAAAGCUCCAAAGUCCAGAUCCAUCACAACACAUGGUUACACUUCCCUGGGCACAACCUGCGAUGGAUUCUGACGUUCACUCUCCUUUUUGUCCACGUGUGUGAAAUCGGCGAGGGCAUUGUUUCAGAUUCAAAAUUGCCGUCUUGCCAUCUGCACCUCUUCCUGCCUGCUAUAAUGGGAUUUGUAGCAGCUACAACAUCCAUAGUAUAUUACCACAAUAUUGAGACAUCAAAUUUUCCAAAAUUACUUCUGGCUCUUUUUGUGUACUGGAUCAUGGCCUUUGUCACCAAAACUAUCAAGCUGGUCAGAUAUUGCCAAGACGAGAUCUAUUUUGGUCAGCUGCGUUUCUGCAUCACUGGGACGAUGGUGGUGCUUUAUGGGCUGCUAAUGGCUGUGGAGAUCAACGUGAUACGCGUUCGGAAAUAUGUAUUUUUCUCAAGCCCUCAAAAAGUAAAGCCGCCUGAAGACCUCCAGGAUCUGGGUGUGAGAUUCCUUCAGCCUUUUGUCAACUUGCUGUCCAAGGCAACUUAUUGGUGGAUGAAUCCCCUGAUCAUAUCAGCUCACAAAAAACCCAUCGACCUAAAAGCCAUAGGCAAGCUGCCCAUUGCAAUGAGGGCACUUACUAACUAUGUCUGCUUGAAAGAUGCCUACGAGGAGCAAAAGAAAAAGGCAGCUGACCAUCCAAACCGUACUCCUUCUAUCUGGUUAGCGAUGUAUCGGGCGUUUGGGCGCCCCAUUCUUCUCAGCAGUACCUUCCGCUAUUUAGCAGACCUUCUGGGGUUUGCUGGACCGCUUUGCAUUUCAGGCAUCAUUGACAGUUUAUCCACCAAUCCAGGCAAUUCUACAGGCAACAAUACCAGCAAUACAUCUACAGAGCCAUUCCUCACCUCAAGAGAUUUCCUCAAAGACAAUUAUGUCCUGGCUGUUCUCCUCUUCCUGGCGCUUAUCCUACAGAGGACAUUUCUCCAGGCUUCCUAUUACGUUACCAUAGAAACUGGCAUCAACCUACGAGGAGCUUUACUGGCAAUGAUCUACAACAAAAUCCUGAGGCUUUCCACAUCUAAUUUGUCCAUGGGAGAGAUGACAUUAGGACAGAUCAAUAACCUGGUUGCCAUAGAAACAAACCAACUUAUGUGGUUCUUGUUCCUGUGUCCCAACUUGUGGGCUAUGCCCGUUCAGAUUAUUAUGGGAGUGAUCCUACUCUACCACUUACUGGGAAGGAGUGCGGUGGUGGGGGCCGCUGUGAUUUUACUGCUGGCUCCCAUCCAGUAUUUCAUCGCAACCAAGUUGGCCGAGGCCCAAAAAAGUACUCUUGAAUAUUCUACAGAGAGGCUGAAGAAGACCAAUGAAAUAUUAAAAGGCAUCAAACUCUUAAAGUUAUACGCCUGGGAGCACGUCUUCUGUCAAAAUGUGGAAGAUACACGGAUGAAAGAACUAACUAGUCUCAAAACGUUUGCUCUUUAUACGUCUCUUUCCAUUUUUAUGAAUGCAGCUAUACCUAUUGCAGCUGUUCUCGCGACUUUUGUGACCUACACAUAUGCUGAAGAUGCACAGCUGACUACAGCUCAAGCUUUUGCGUCUCUCUCGCUGUUCCACAUUCUGGUCACACCCUUGUUCCUGCUGUCCACCGUUGUUAGAUUUGCUGUCAAGGCCAUCGUAAGUGUGCAGAAAUUAAAUGAAUUUCUCUUAAGUGAUGAGAUCGGAGAUGACAGCUGGAGAAAUGGAGAGACCCCAUUGGCAUAUGAAUCGUGUAAAAAGCACACAGGACUACAUCCCAAAGCCAUCAACCGGAAACAGCCCUUGAGACACCAGCUGGAUGGCUAUGAUCAACCGCAAAGGAUAUCCACUCAACAUCUAACCAUCGAUGAGUGUGCUAUCAAGGUAACCAACGGGUACUUUUCCUGGGGAAGUGGGCUAGCCACAUUAUCCGAUAUUGAUAUCCGAAUCCCAGCAGGUCAGAUGACCAUGAUCGUAGGACAGGUUGGCUGUGGGAAAUCUUCUCUCCUUCUUGCUAUCCUCGGCGAGAUGCAAACCUUGGAAGGGAAGGUUCAUUGGAACCGCAUAAAUGAAACUGAGACUUCUGUUGAAGCAAACUGGAGGAAUCGGUUUUCAGUGGCUUACGCAGCUCAGAAGCCCUGGCUCUUGAAUGCGACGGUGGAAGAAAACAUCACCUUUGGGAGUUCUUUUAAUAAACAGAGGUACAAAGCCGUGACUGAUGCGUGUUCUCUACAACCUGAUAUUGAUCUGUUGCCAUUUGGAGAUCAGACAGAAAUUGGAGAAAGGGGAAUUAACUUGAGUGGAGGUCAACGGCAACGUAUCUGUGUCGCUCGAGCGCUCUACCAAAACACCAACCUCGUCUUCCUGGAUGACCCAUUUUCUGCCUUGGACAUUCACCUCAGUGACCACUUAAUGCAAGAAGGUAUCCUGAAGUUCCUGAAAGAUGACAAAAGGACACUCGUCUUAGUGACUCAUAAACUACAGUAUUUGCCACAUGCUGACUGGAUCAUUGCCAUGAAAGACGGCACUGUUCUUCGAGAAGGGACCCUGAAGGACAUCCAGAUUAAAGACGUGGAGCUGUACGACCACUGGAAAACUCUCAUGAAUCGUCAAGACCAGGAAUUGGAAAAGAAUAUGGAAGCUGAUCAAACUACUCUAGAAAGGAAAACUCUCCGAAGAGCUAUGUACCCGAGAGAGUCAAAAACGCAACUGGAGGAUGAGGAUGAAGAGGAAGAGGAGGAAGAGGAAGAAGAUGACAACAUGUCCGGCAAUGCCACUCAGGACAAGAUGCCCUGGAAGACUUGUUGGCUCUAUCUCACCUCCGGUGGCUUUCUUCUGCUCACCUUGAUGAUCUUCUCCAAACUCAUGAAACUCGUCAUCGUUGCGAUUGACUUUUGGCUGGCUCAGUGGACAUCUACGAAUCAGACCCAAACGCUCUGCUCCGAAAAGGUAGAGAUCAAUGAUCCCGGUUCGGCUGAGCCGACGUGCCAUGUUGCAGUGUUCAGCAUUCUUAGUGGGGCAGGCAUUGUACUUUGCCUUGUCACGUCUUUGACCGUUGAAUGGAUGGGCCUCACUGCUGCUAAGAACCUUUACCACGAUCUGCUCAACAAGAUCAUCCUUGGACCCAUCAGAUUCUUCGAUAUGACACCUUUGGGGCUAAUUCUGAACCGUUUUUCUGCUGAUACAAACAUUAUUGAUCAGCACAUUCCACCGACUGUGGAAUCCCUCUCGCGUUCAACAUUACUCUGUCUAUCUGCUGUCGGGAUGAUUUCAUAUGCCACCCGCUACUUCCUACUUGCUCUCCUGCCUCUUGCAGUGGCAUUUUAUUUCAUCCAGAAAUACUUCAGAGUGGCAUCUAAGGAUCUCCAGGAACUUGAUGACAGCACUCAGUUGCCUCUUCUUUGCCACUUUUCCGAGACUGCAGAAGGCCUCACGACCAUCCGAGCAUUCAGGCACGAGCCCAGGUUUAAACAACGGAUGCUGGAACUGACGGACACCAACAAUAUCGCGUAUUUGUUCCUCUCUGCUGCCAACAGAUGGCUGGAGGUUAGGACGGAUUAUGUGGGAGCCUUCGUCGUCCUUACUGCAGCCGUGGCCUCCAUCUCUGAAAAAUCCACUUCUGGCCUCGUAGGCCUGGGUCUCCUCUAUGCACUGACGAUCACCAACUACCUCAACUGGGUGGUGCGAAAUCUGGCCGACAUGGAAGUGCAAAUGGGGGCCGUGAAGAAAGUGAACAGCUUCCUCAACAUGGAGUCUGAGAAUUACGAAGGCACCAUAGAUAUUUCUCAAGUACCCAAAGACUGGCCACAAGAAGGGGAAAUCAAGAUCGAAAACCUCUGCGUCCGCUACGAGAAUAACCUGAAGCCAGUUCUCAAGCAUGUGAAAGCAUACAUCAAGCCAGGCCAAAAGGUUGGGAUUUGUGGUCGCACUGGCAGUGGGAAAUCAUCCCUUUCGUUGGCCUUCUUCAGGAUGGUAGACAUAUUUGACGGAAGGAUUAUCAUUGACGGGAUUGACAUUACAAAACUGCCUCUCGAUCUGCUGCGUUCCAGGCUCUCUAUAAUCCUCCAGGAUCCUAUCUUAUUCAGUGGUUCAAUUCGUUUUAAUCUGGAUCCAGAGUGCAAAUGUACAGAUGAUACCCUUUGGGAAGCCUUGGAGAUUGCACAGUUGAAGAACAUGGUCAAAGUCCUGCCUGGUGGACUAGAUGCUGUUGUAACUGAAGGUGGUGAGAAUUUCAGUGUUGGCCAGCGGCAACUCUUCUGUCUAGCUCGGGCUUUUGUGCGUAAGAGCAGCAUCCUCAUUAUGGAUGAGGCCACCGCUUCCAUCGAUAUGGCCACAGAAAACAUUUUGCAAAAAGUUGUAAUGACUGCCUUUGCGGAUCGCACAGUCGUGACGAUUGCUCAUCGAGUCCACACUAUCCUGACCGCAGACGUGGUCAUUGUGAUGAAACGAGGGGUCAUUUUGGAAAAUGACACACCUGAGAAUCUGCUGGCCCAAGAAGACAGCAUCUUCGCCUCUUUUGUUCGGGCUGAUAACUGAAAAAGCCACAUUAUUGGCUUUUUUUCCAAUGCUGAUUUUUAAAAAAAAUAAAAUAAAAUCAGAGAGAGAGAGAGAGAGAGAGAGAAAGAGAGAGAGAGAGAGAGAGAGAGAGAAGGGACUCGCGCCUCCCUCUCCCCUUUAUAUAUAAUGUAUUAUCACUGUAUUUUUCCAUCUGUAAUUUUUGUAAAACUCCAGUGCAUGAUGUAAGUCUCAAAGCAAUAAAUUCUUCACCAAAGACAGGAA